GUGCAUCCGUCGAGUUUCAUAAUGUCAAAUUUCUCCCCUGCGAGACAAGCCCUACCUACCACUACCACUCUCGAGUCUCGAGCACCAGCCCUCUCGCCUUCAGCUCCUCCGUCCUCGCCGAACCCCAUGGCCCAAAAACCCUGAACUGAGCCCGCCGCCGCUUCUCCAGUCCGCACGAAGCGCACCACAAAAUGCGGCGGCUGACGCCGGCGUACGUGACCCUCAUCCUGGACCACGUCCUGGGCGACCCCUCGAUCCCCACCGCAGCCGCCAUCGCGUUAAUCGCCGGUCUCCCCUCUCCCUCCGAUCCGACCCCGCGCCUCCGCCGCGGGGUCCUUCUCCGCCGCCUCGCCGCCGACCCCGUCUCCGAAUCCUCUCUCGAAACCCUCCACCUCCUGGCCUCGCUCCCGCCCUGCGCCUCCCCCAUCGCAGCCGCCCACAUCGCCGUCGCGGCAUUCCUCGCGGCCUCCGCGCCCGACUUCGACGCCGUCGCCAGGGCUCUCUUCGCGCGCCCCGACGGCCGCGCGCGCCAAGCGGUCCACGGCGGAGGUUCCCCCGCGCUCGCAUCCGACGAUGCCAUCGUCACAGUGGACCAGUUCGAGGCUGCCGUCGGGAAGUCCUCUUCUCAGACCAUUCUCAGGGGCCUGUGGGGCAACCGGGCCGCCGUGGAGGAGCGGGUCCAGGAGCUCCUCGCCGCUGAAUGGGCCGCGAUUGGCCCGUCGAGGCUCGAGGCGUUGGCUAUGCGGAUCGUCGGGGAUGGGGCCGUCGAGACAUGGGCUGCCGCAGAUGAGGCCAUGCGUGCCAACUUGCGCAUCUUGGCUGGGGAAGAAAAAACGCGCGAGAUUCUCGACAAACUUGAAAAAUCUACCUGCAGCACAAAUCCAAUUUCAACACCAGCUGUUGAGAAGGUUAUGAAUGCGCUCAAAGCAAGCUGUGCUGACCUCCACAGCAUUGUGGAGGAUCCCCUUCCAGCUGCAAAGGCAGUUGCAGAUGAGUUAUUGGCUGCGAGGAUGGAAAAAAGAGUUAGCUUGAAUGCUGAAGUAGGAGGUCAGCCAACAACUUGUGGCGCUGCAGGUCCGAGUAUUCAUAAUGACAAAGACAACGGUCCAGGUAUAGGCAAACCUCACAGCCUUAUGGAGCGAAACGCAACAGCACGAACCUCUCAGUGGGAGGAGUCACAUGGUCUUGAUGGUUCGGAACCACCAUCACCACCGAGACCGCGCUUGCCUAGCCCAAGGAGACUACCACCUUCUCCUUUGCCACCGCCUGGAAACAAAAACACUAAGCGGAGAAAGACAAGGAGGUGGAGCUUGUUCGAAGAAGAAACCUUAAGAAAGGGUGUUGAAGAGUAUGGUGUUGGCAAUUGGAGGGAUAUUCUAGAUAACAAUGCUGAGGCUUUGACCGGCAGGACACCGGUGGACUUGAAGGACAAGUGGAGGAACAUGCUUUUCCGUUGAUGUAACGGGGAAACAUGUAGCUGGACAUGCUUUACUAGGGAGAGGCAAGGGUCGUGACCCUUCGUCUAGGAACCGAAAAGACGAAAAGACAGAGAACGUGGGAACGUGCUCAGCAGUCACGUCCCAAGAAGCCACGAAAAGACAGAGAACGUGGGAACGUGCUCAACAGUCACGUCCCAAGAAGCCCUGUGGACCAGGAACCGUAGACUAAAAUGAGUGUACAUAGUAACUGCUUAUAUCCUGUAACACUCCCCCUUAAGCAGUUGUCCAUCAUGUAUAAUCUCCUUAAAAUCCUGUAAAGAAAAUAGGAGUUUUGCAAUAA